UCUUUACCACAAUACUACAGAAAAAGAAAAAAAAACUUCUCUGUUUUGUAAAAUUACUGAUUUAAGGCAAUGGCUGUUCUUAGUGAAUCUGUGUUUUUCUCUCUGAUGUCGAGUUGUAAUUCUGGAGUUAAGGCAACUUCAGGCAUGAUUAAUGGUCACGUUCAUGAUCAGGGUCAUGUCGUGAAUCAAGAAGUCCAUCAGCAUCAGCAGCAGAAGAGGCCUAAGACAAAGAUUGUUUGUACUCUGGGACCUGCCUCGAGAUCGGUGGAGAUGAUAGAGAAGCUGUUGAAGGCAGGCAUGAAUGUUGCUCGUUUCAACUUUUCUCAUGGUACUCAUCAGUACCAUCAAGAAACGCUUGAUAAUCUUCGGACUGCCAUGCAAAAUACUGGGAUCCUUUGUGCGGUUAUGUUGGAUACUAAGGGACCAGAGAUAAGGACUGGUUUAUUGAAGCAAGGAAAGCCAAUCCAACUUAAACAGGGCCAAGAAAUCACAAUCUCCACGGAUUACACCAUAAGGGGUGAUGAGAAUAUGAUCUCAAUGAGCUACAAGAAGCUGGCUGAGGAUUUGGAACCAAACAGCGUUAUUUUGUGCUCUGAUGGAACAAUAACACUUACAGUCCUGGAUUGUGAUAAGAAGCUGGGACUGGUUCGGUGCCGUUGCGAAAACUCUGCAGUUUUAGGUGAGAAGAAGAAUGUCAAUCUUCCUGGAGUUAUUGUGGACCUUCCUACCUUGACUGAGAAAGACAAGGAAGAUAUCUUGGGGUGGGGAGUCCCCAACAGGAUUGACAUUAUUGCCCUGUCAUUUGUUCGCAAAGGUUCAGAUCUUGUAGCAGUCAGAAAGCUGCUUGGCGAGCAUGCCAAAAGCAUUAUGCUAAUGUCCAAGGUUGAGAAUCAAGAAGGGGUGGCUAAUUUCGAUGAAAUCCUGGCGAAUUCAGAUGCUUUUAUGGUGGCUAGGGGGGACUUGGGAAUGGAGAUCCCAAUUGAAAAAAUAUUUCUAGCACAAAAGGUGAUGAUUCACAAGUGCAAUAUCCAAGGAAAACCUGUAGUUACAGCAACUCAGAUGUUGGAAUCCAUGAUCAAAUCUCCCCGGCCAACUCGAGCUGAAGCAACAGAUGUGGCUAAUGCAGUUAUUGAUGGGACUGAUUGUGUGAUGCUUAGUGGUGAAACAGCUGCUGGGGCAUAUCCUGAAAUUGCUGUUCAAACCAUGGCCAAGAUUUGUAUGGAAGCUGAGGAUUCUCUCAAUUAUCACGAAGUAUUCAAAAGAACCAUGGAGAAUGCACCUAUGCCUAUGAGCCCAUUAGAGAGUUUGGCCUGUGCAGCAGUGCAAACAGCAAGCUCCUCCAAGGCUGCUCUCAUUAUAGUCCUAACCAGAGGUGGAACCACAGCUAAGCUUGUCUCGAAAUAUCGGCCAAGUAUGCCAAUCUUGUCUGUGGUGGUGCCAGAGAUAAGAACUGAUUCCUUCGAUUGGUCAUGCAGUAAUGAAUCUCCAGCAAUGCACGGCCUUGUCUUCCGUGGGGUUGUACCUGUUUUGAGCUCCGCAUCUACCAGAGCAUCUCAUACUGAAUCCACGAAAGAAGCAUUGGACUUUGCCAUCCAAUAUGCCAAGUCCAAACAGCUUUGCAAGCCUGGAGAAACUGCUGUGGUGCUUUAUCACUAUGAAAGCAGUGUUAUCAAGAUCUUAACCAUCGCCUGAGGGACGAGUUUAAGGGCAAUUUUGGUUCAUUAAAAGCCCGUAUUAAGAAUUUGCAGAGUCAAUUUUUGGUAGUUUUAAUUUCCAUUUGUCAAGCUUGGGUUGUAAAAUUUUGGUUUUUACUCUGUUCAGAAUGUCUGUUAAUCUUUUUCUGCAUGAAAAAUGUUUCUGCAGUAUCUUAAACUAUAUUAGCACAAGUUGUUUGAGCCAAA